AUGAUUCCCGUCAUAUGCACCACUAAUAUUGAGCCAGAUCUCAUCAACGAGUUUCUGGUCAAAACAUACGCAGGCGAACCCGAUGCUCCAGAAGACCUAUGUGUGAUAACCACACAAGACUGGUCGCAAUAUCGCGAUGAAGCUCGACUCAGUCCCAAAGAAGCACGAAAGCAAGGACAAGUCGCCAUCCCUCGAGGUGGAGGUCCCAUGAAGUCACCAUCCCGCCCACCUUGGACAACUCGGUUUGAGACACCGUUCAAAAAUCUGCAACCAGAGGAUAUCGCCCAGUUCUUGCAGAAUGCAAAGGACAUCCCUUCGAGUAUGGAUAGGAGGUAUUGUGUCAUUCUGGAUGAGCGAACCUUGGAAGAUAAAAGUGUAAUAUUGGUAAAGACAUCAAGGGGCCCUGAAAGCAAUUUACCAAAAGACAAUCAGAGUCCGAUUUUUCAAUACAGAUCUUCGCUCGAAGAUACCGACGCCAUCUUGCAAACUGUGUGUGUUGGACAGGGCUCUCUAGAAGCGGUCCUAUGGGACAAUUCGAGCAAUCGAUAUCGUCUCUCCACUGGGUUGGAUUCUUUUCGCAAGGACAUACGCGGAAUGUGCGAACAAUGUGGCUUCGCUUUGCGACUUCUGACCAUCGCGCCUUCCUUUGUUUUCUUUGUUCCCAUUUAUCAAUUCGCCCCGACAAAAAACCAGGACCUGCUCCGAACGUCCCCUCUUAUGUCGUGGACAUCCCACAUUUCCUCUCUACCUCGCUCCAUCAGUGUCGGUAUACAGAAACAAAGACGUCAUCGAGACAAUUAG